AUGCUCGGGAUUGAAGGUCUCACAGAUGCGUCGUUCAAAGGCGAUGUACGGUGGGCGAGAACGGCGAAAUGGUGUGGCUAUGCGCCCAUUGUCGUUUCGGUUAUAUGUGUUCUUAGCAUGGUCGAGAUUGCCUUGGGCGCCGUCUGGAUUGCAUCGUUGAAGACAGACCUCAAUUUCGCCCAAGUCAUUCAGCCCAUACUGAUCCCCGGACUGUGCUUCUUCAACGCCAUCCCGUCGCUGCACUUACACGUCCUGGCGCGUGUCAAUCCACCGCGUCUGGCCCUCUGGUUCUCGACUACACUCUCGAUUACCCUCCUCGUGAGCUCUGUACUUUUCCUCGGCGCAUGCGUCGGGAACAACUCGCGUGGUUCGCUGCAGCGCAGUGAAUGUCCUGGCGCCACGGGCGGGCUCGCUCGUAUCUGGGACAUCAUGGUGGCAUUGCAAUUAGUCAGCGCGGUGCUUUACGGCUUGGUGGCUGCCAUGGCGUGGACAGUGAAGAGAGCGCUCGAGGCAAGGGAGCAGAGGAUUGCGACGGGGGAGGAGAUGGUGAGUCAAGAAGAGAAGGAAAGGAGGGAGAGUGAGGCGAGGGAGAGGUGGAAGUAUCUUUCCGCUGGUUGA